AUGGAUAUGAUUUACGAGAGUAGUUCACUCAAUGACGUGUAUAUCGAAACAGUGGUCCACGAUAUAAGACCUGGCAGCCUCACAAUAGACUUUGAGAGCAUAUUCAACCAAGCAGUCAAUCCGGACAGACCAUUUCGUGAGGAAUUUAGGACAUUCAUGGAAGAGCAAGUUGCAACGGGCUCAAUCGGAGAGUUACCUAUUGUUCCAUUCACAUUGCAUGUGUAUAACACGUGUAAUUUAUACUGUGCAAACGGUGGGGCAUUGGACCGGCCCAAUUGUGAAUGCAACUGUGCCGGGAGCUUUCUUGGGAUUGAGUGUAAAGAUGAAACAACAACUGAGGUGUUAACCACAACCGGGUUAUCAUCAACUGUUGGCACAACAAAAGUGUCUAUUACAAAAGAAAUACCAGCAACUACUGGCAUACGUCUAACCACCACGGAAAUGUCAACAACAACUGACACACCUACCAUAGUGUCAGCAACAGCUGACUCACCAAACACACCAACCACAACAGUGUCAACAACAACUGACACACCAACCACAACAGAAAUGUCAACAACAACUGACACACCAACCACAAUAGAAAAGUCAACAACAACUGACACACCAACCACAACGGAAAUGUCAACAACAACUGACACGCCAACGACAACAGGAAUGUCAACAACAACUGACACACCAACAACCACAACAGUGUCAACAACAAUAAUUAUUGACACACCAACCACAACAGAAUUGUCAACAACAACUGACACACCAACCACAACAGAAUUGUCAACAACAACUGACACACCAACCACAACAGAAAUGUCAACACCUGAGACGCCAGUAUUACAUUGUCGCCGCUACGAGUAUCACGAUUUUGAUUACCGUGUAAGGAUGAAAAGGGGCUCGAACAGAAGUAGUGUCGCUUGUAAACGCUUGUAUGGUAAAGGGGAAUACCCAUUUCCCAAUUUCUUUUACUGUAUUGAGAAAUUUUAUGAGCCAGGUCCAGUAAAUCUAACAAAUGGAAAAGUGUGUCCUGAUAAUGAAACCUUAUUGUUUCUGGACUAUUGUGAUUACCUUUAUUUUGAACAUGGAUGUGAUUCAGAAGAAGCCUUUAAUGUCUCAUGUCCCAGUGUAGACGAUCUUUAUGACAUACUUAACGAAACCUUUGGUACAGGUGAACCUCCGUUUUAUUUUCCAUACCCUUAUUUCAUCGAGUGCCUGAACAAUAUCGAAACAUCUGGCUUCAACCUUACGAAUGGGUUCGAAUGCCCCGAUAGCGAUGAACUUCACUGGCUUGCCAUUUGCUAUGAAUUUCACAGUGGCAGUAAUUUCAUUGCUGACUAUGGCGAUAUGGCGGAAGUUUGUGAUGGAUCCGGACAGUGUCCUUCAUUUUAUACUUUGUCUGAGAUUCUCUCUUUAACAUUUGAAGGAGAAGAUGGAGGGUGUGGCUGUGGGAGAAAACGUCGCCGUCGUAGCAUUGAUGAUAGUUCUCAUCAUCAUCAUCGUUCAAAGCGAAGCAAUGGAGUUCACAAACGUAAUAAAAACCACAGGGAGUGUUACAGUGACUUUCCUUUUCCACGCUUCCUAUAUUGUUACUUUAACAACAUUUCUGACUCGGCAGUUAUACACACAUAUGGAUUUGUCUGUCCAGCUUUCGACUACGAUUUUUAUUAUCAAUGUGGUGGAAUUUACUCGGGUGCGUAUGCCGACGAUGAACUUGUGUGUCCAUGUUGGGAUUCAUUCAAUAGUUUGCUCAAUGCUACAUUUGGAACGGAAGCACCACCCGACUGUCUCUGUCACGAUGUAAGUGAAUUUGGUGACAUGGUCAAAGAGGGCAGUGUCAGAGAGCUGCCCUAUACUGACCGUUGUGGAUUUGUCGACGAUUUUCCGUUUCCGCGCUUCAUCUGUUGUUUGCUUGACCUUUACAACAGAUCUUUACCCUUUUCCAAUAUUUCAACUGAUGUGUUUGUCUGUCCUGAUGAAGAGACUCUUUUAUAUUUUGAGGUCUGUCUUGAUGUACUUACAAUCGGCAAAGAUCAUCCCGAUGACUGGAAUACCACGUGCCCAUGCGCACAACAACUCUACCAAGAGUUUUAUACAACAUUUAGAACAGGUUUCCCUUCCAACUUUGAAGAGCAACUUAACCGAGGUUGUAUUUGCUAUUUGAAUGAGAGCUACGAUGGAGAAAAGUUUGACGAACUUGAUCAUGCUCUCGAUACAUUAAUUGGUUGUUCGGAAGAGAUGGACAGCUGUUCCCAACCGUCGUCGAAAUUGCCGUAUUUUGACGAGUGUCUUGAAUUUUUCUUCGGUGAUUUUGAGGAGCCUACCGUGCAAUGCCCAACACAGACAGAUUUCGUCGAUGAACUGAUAUCAUGGGCGUCAGCCCCACCACCCCCCUAA